AUGUCGCGCCUUCUACAUGGCCAAAACGACAUCACGAAAGGUGAAGGUUUGAAAAUCAAAAGGGGGUAUCACACUGCCUUUGACUUUGCUACCACAGUCUACGUCUUGUACCACUUUGGACAGUCACGACCCGUGUCAUCCAUGUCGGCCGGCACUAGAAGCCACUCUGGGUCAUUCGCCGGCAUGCUCGUCCUGAACACGCAAAAUUUGCGUUAUUGA